UUGUUCAGGUAAAAGGACAGCAUGGUGAGGGUCAGUGUGCUCAAUGAUGCUCUCAAGUCCAUGUACAAUGCUGAAAAGAUAGGGAAACGUCAGGUCAUGAUCAGGCCGUCAUCCAAGGUGAUCAUCAAGUUCCUGACGGUCAUGCAACGCCAUGGCUACAUUAGCGAGUUCGAGUACGUGGAUGACCACAGAGCUGGGAAGAUCGUGGUGGAGCUGAAUGGAAGACUGAAUAAAUGUGGUGUUAUUAGCCCACGAUUUGAUGUAGGUGUUACGGAGAUCGAGAGAUGGACGGCGAGGCUUCUUCCAUCUCGCAAGUUUGGCUACAUCGUCCUAACAACUUCUGCUGGAAUUAUGGACCAUGAGGAGGCUAGCCGUAAGAAUGUUGGUGCCAAGGCUCUAGGUUUCUUUUACUGA